AUGACUACUCAAUCAGUUGGUGUUGCUAAUCUACCGAAUCAACGUUAUAAGAUCGUUAGUGAAAAAGGUGGAACUUUCACUAUUAUGGUUUGUGGUGAAAGUGGCUUAGGUAAGACAACAUUUAUUAAUACUUUAUUUCAAACCACUUUAAAACAUGCCGAUCCACAACAACGUCGUCAUUUACCUUUAAAGAAAACUGUAGAUAUUGAUUUAACUCGUGCUGUAUUAGAAGAAAAAAACUUUAAAAUGCGUGUUAAUGUAAUUGAUACACCAGGUUUUGGUGAUAAUGUUAAUAAUAAUAAAGCUUGGCAAACUUUAGUUGAUUUUAUUGAUGACCAACAUGAUUCUUAUAUGCGUCAAGAACAACAACCUCAUCGUGAUGUUAAAUUUGAUUUAAGAGUUCAUGUUGUAUUAUAUUUUAUUAAACCAACAGGCCAUGGUUUAAAACCGUUAGAUAUUGAAACCAUGAAAAAAAUUUCAUCAAGAGCAAAUUUAAUACCAGUAAUUGCUAAAUCUGAUACUUUAACUUUACAAGAAUUACAAGUCUUUAAAAGUAGAAUUAGACAAGUAAUUGAAGCUCAAGAAAUUCAUAUCUUUACGCCACCUUUAAAUUUCGAUACUACUACUAAUAUUAAUAAUAAUACUGAAUCUGUAUCAGCUGGUAAUUCCGCUACAAAUCAAGAUGCUACUGCUGCAGAACAUGCAAGACAAUUGAUAGAAGCAAUGCCAUUUGCUAUAAUUGGUUCUACCACCAAAUAUGAUAAUGGCCAAGGCACACAAGUUGUUGCAAGAAAAUAUCCUUGGGGUCUUGUUGAAGUUGAAAACGAUAAUCACUGUGAUUUCCGUAAAUUGAGAAGUAUGUUACUAAGGACGUAUCUAUUAGAUUUAAUAACUAGUACACAAGAUCUUCAUUAUGAAACAUAUAGAAGAUUAAGACUUGAAGGAACUAAUGGUCCAGAUAAUGAAGAUAAUUCAAAUGGUAAUGGUGAUUCAUCGAUGCCAUUAAAAGCACCAGCAAGAAAAUUAUCACAUAAUCCAAAAUAUAAAGAGGAAGAAAAUGCUUUAAAGAAAUAUUUCACAGAUCAAGUUAAAGCAGAAGAGCAAAGAUUUAGACAAUGGGAACAAAAUAUUGUUAAUGAAAGAAUUAGAUUAAAUGGUGAUUUAGAAGAGAUUCAAACUAAAGUUAAGAAAUUGGAGGAACAAGUUAGAUCAUUACAAUUGAAAAAACGUUAA